GUUACCUGCUCAAACAAACAAACUAGCAACAGUUAGAUGAACAACCUAUACCCCGACAACAAUCAUGCGAAGAAAAAACUUUUCAAAAUUGCUUGUUGGGCUUUUCGUGUCUGUUCACUAAUAGACAUCUUUAAAAUAUAAUUGAGGUUGGAGGUAAGAUUCUUUCAUUGAUUGCGAAGAUCAUACUUUACUGAACUGCUAAAAUGCUAAUAGCAUUCUAUGCUAUACCAGUGACAGUUAACAGCUAACAUUAGCAUAUAGCUAACUACUGUUUGCAUCUCGCUACUACUGGUUUAGAGUUAUCUAAGAUAUACUCAUAGCAAGAGAAUAAAAUGACGUGCUUUGGACGCGUCGCUUCAUUUUGCUUGAACUAUAUUUUGAAAAUGCCAGUGAGGUAGCUCGGCUAACGUAACGAGUUAGCGACCUGUAGCCUUUUCUGCUGAGGUUGCUUUGAAACGGACUAAAUCCAUUUUGACUCGGGAUUAGUAGUGAUCGUAAGAUGAAUUUCUCAGAAGUCUUCAAGCAAUCCAACCAACUUUGUAAAGUUUCCCCAGAUGGGAAAUAUUUGGCUACCUGUGUGCAGUACAGGCUGGUGGUGCGAGAUGUGAGCACCCUGCAGAUCCUGCAGCUCUACACCUGCCUGGACCAGAUUAAUCACAUGGACUGGUCUUCUGACUCUCUCUUUAUUCUCUGUGCUAUGUACAAGAGAGGACUGGUACAGGUGUGGUCUCUUGAACAGCCGGACUGGCACUGUAAGAUUGAUGAGGGCUCAAUAGGACUAGUCUCCUCGCGCUGGAGUCCAGACGGACGUCACAUUCUCAACACCACUGAGUUCCAUCUGAGAGUCACUGUCUGGUCCCUGUGCACCAAAGCUGUGUCUUACAUCAAGUAUCCCAAAGCAUGUCAGAAGGGUAUAGAGUUCAGCAGAGAUGGCUGCUAUAUGGCCUUGGCUGAGCGCCGUGACUGCAAAGACUAUGUUAGUGUUUUUGUCUGUGACGACUGGCAUCUACUCAGGCAUUUUGAGACUGAGACGCAGGACCUGGCAGGGUUGGAGUGGUCUCCUAAUGGCUGUGUGCUGGCAGUGUGGGACAGCUGUCUGGAGUACAAGGUGUUGCUGUACUCUCUGGAUGGCCGAUUGCUGUCAACUUACAGUGCCUAUGAGUGGUCACUGGGUGUCAAGUCUGUGACCUGGAGCCCCAGCAGCCAGUUCCUGGCCAUCGGCAGCUACGAUGAAAAAGUGCGCAUCCUCAAUCACAUAACAUGGAAGAAAAUUGCACAGUUGGACCACCCUGCAACCAUCAACUGCACAAAAGCUGUUGUGUAUAAGGAAGUGGAGAGAAGGCCAGCUGUUGGCAGUGACGACCUGUCACUACACAACAUCACAAUUGGCACGACCCUCUUCAACACCCAGAGCAAAUAUGAGAUCUGUCCACUGCCAGUCCAAAUUCCCGUGGUCAAACCAGACCCAGACCGAGCCAACCCCAAGAUCGGUGUCUCUAACUUGGCAUUCAGCUCAGACAGUCGCUUCCUAGCUACCAAAAAUGACAACAUGGCCAGUGUUGUGUGGGUGUGGGACAUGCAGAAGAUGAGCCUGGAGGCUGUGCUGGAGCAGACAUCAGCUGUGCGCUGCUUUCAGUGGGACCCCCGGCGCCCACGGCUGGCACUGUGUACAGCCAACACCAAACUCUAUCUCUGGUCCCCAGCAGGCUGUGUCUCUGUCCAGGUCCCCACUGAAGGUGGAUUCCAGGUCCAGUCACUAAGCUGGCACUGCAGUGGAGACUCUCUGAUCCUGCUUGGAAAGGAGCAGCUUUGUUUGUGCUACAUGGACAUAGACCAGGAGGACAAGUAAUACACACAAAAACACAGGUAUCAAGAAUAACCGGAUCACAGUUCAGGCUUAUGAAGCCACAAGCACUUGGCUGGGAAUGUGUUAAGGUGAUGACCAAAAGACUGGUAGGAACACUCCUCCUCUUAAUCUUACUUUUCACAUGUAACUGCUCACCAAGGCCCUCAGUGCAGGUUACUGAGAUGUUCCUUUUCUUGUCGAUAUGUUGGCUAAAUAUCACUAUUUAAAUCAUAAGUUUGUCCUGAAGCACUAGUUCCAAACACUGUGAGAAGAUAGAUGUUUACAAAGUUUUAUAGAUUUCACUGUACUUUUAGUUUGAUCUAUUUUGUAUGUGUAUUACCAUGAAAGUGUAUAACUAUUUUGAAUAAAUUUUGUCAUA